AGUGUACGUGCUUGAGGUGGGAUAAUGAGAGUUUAAGAUAAAAACAAGGCAACUGUGGGUGCAGAGAAAAUGGAAAUGGGCGACGUAGAUUCUACUCUCAUGGAGAAGGGGAAGAAACCACCAGAAUCCAAACCUCGCCACAAAUAUGAGAGAUUGUACCAGCCCUGCCUCGCUGAGCUAGUUGGGACCAUGUUCUUUGUUUUCAUUGGCUGCGUGUCUGUCAUUGAGAACGUGCCAGCAGCUGGACGGCUGCAGCCGGCCCUGGUUCAUGGUCUGGCCGUGGCUGUGUUGGUGGCUGUAAUGGAUAACAUCAGUGGGUCCCAUUUCAACCCUCCCUUCACUAUUGCCAUCUACUUGUGUGGAGGCAUGGAGCUGAUGAUGGUUGCCCCCUACCUUGUCAGCCAACUGAUUGGAGGGGUGCUUGGAGCUGGAAUGGCCAAGCUGAUGACCCCUGCAGAACGCUACAGCAACGCCACAGGAGCAGCAUUUGAUAUCCUGAAAUCAGACAGCCAGUUGUUCAAGGCCAUCUUUGGGGAGGUGGCCAUGACCUGCCUGGUCACCAUGGUGGUGCUGCUGGUGGCGGUCAAUGGUAGGACGAAAACUCCGCUUGCCCCAUUUCUGGUGGGCUGUACUGUCAUCAUCAACGUCUUAGCAGGGGGGGACGUUUCGGGAACGUGUUUGAAUCCUGCAAGGGCAUUCGGUCCAGCUGUGAUGACCAACUACUGGCUCUACCACUGGGUUUAUUGGGUCGGACCAAUUGGAGGAGGUCUGGUGGCCGCUGCUUUGCUCAGGCUCAUUCUCGGAGAUAAUAAGUUACGAGUCGUAAUGAAAUCAUAAUGUUUAUUAUGGGUUUAUUGUCACAGAGGUGGUUAUAGGAACUUGUAAACAUUUAUAGC